AGGCUACCGAGCGGGAUGGCCAAUCCUGUACUAGAAUCUUUCUCCUUCUCCAGUCCCACUGUAGUGUUUGAUUACCUGGAUGAGACACUGGAAGAAACAAGCCCAACAGCCCCACCACCAGCCCCCAUCCAGGCUCCGACCUUCAUCCUGCCUCUGCCUGGGCAGAGCGUGGACCAGCUCUGUGUGGACAUCAAGAGCACCCCGGGGCCAUUAUUACUCCUGCUCUCAGACCCUGACCAAGGUCUCGAGGUGACUGGCGAGUAUAAGAUGGAGAAGGCCCAGUUCUCAUGGAUCGAGGUGACUUUCAAGAAUCCCCAGCUGCAGGUCCACGUGUCCCCUGAGCACGUGGUAGUGACUAGGGACCGAAGAAGCUCUCAGUACAAAUGGAAGGAGACGCUGUUUGUGGUGAUGCCUGGGGUAAUCUUCUCUGUGGUCACCUCAAUCCGCAAGUCCAUCGGAGAAUUGACAAUGCCCACUUUGCCAAGGGGCUCACAGUCCACAGGAGCCCUGGGGAGAGCUGCCCAAGAAAGCCUUCAGCACCCACCCUCCUGCCCCAGGAUCAUCGACGGUGUGACGUACCCAGGGAACAUCAAGCAGAAGGAUGCAGCCCAGAAGCAGUACAGUGCGGCCGUGGCCAGAGGGGAGAGCGCUGGCCUCGUCAAGGCCACUGGGAGAAAGAUGGAGCAGUUCCAGGUGUCGGUCAGUGUGGCCCCCGCUGCCAAGGUCACCUUCGAGCUGGUGUACGAGGAGUUGCUCAAGCGGCGCCUGGGAGUGUAUGAGCUGCUGCUGAAAGUGCAGCCCCAGCAGCUGGUCAAGCACCUGCAGAUGGACAUUCACAUCUUUGAGCCUCAGGGCAUCAGCUUUCUGGAGACAGAGAGCACCUUCAUGACCAAUGAGCUUGCAGAUGCCCUCACCGUUUCACAGAACCAGACCAAGGCUCACAUCCGAUUCAAGCCAACGCUCUCCCAGCAACAGAAGUCUGCAGAGCAACAGGACACAGUCGUGGAUGGCGACUUCAUCAUCCGCUAUGAUGUGAACCGCACCCUCUCUGGAGGCUCCAUUCAGAUCGAGAAUGGCUACUUUGUGCACUACUUUGCCCCCGAGGGCCUCUCCACGAUACCCAAGAAUGUGAUCUUCGUCAUUGACACCAGUGGCUCCAUGAUGGGCAAGAAAAUCCAGCAGACUCGGGAAGCCCUCAUCAAGAUCCUAGAGGACCUCAGGCCCGAAGACCACUUCAACCUCAUUAGCUUCAGCAGUGAAGCAAGCCAGUGGAAGCCAUCGCUGGUGCCAGCUUCGACCCAGAACGUGGAGGAGGCCAAGAAAUAUGCUAACAGCAUCCAGGCCCGGGGAGGAACCAAUAUCAAUGAUGCAAUGCUGAUGGCCGUGCAGCUGCUGGACACAGCCACCCGGGAGGAGCAGCUGCCUUCAGGGAGCGUCUCUCUCCUCCUCCUCCUCACUGAUGGCGACCCCACUGUGGGCCAGACCAACCCCAGGAAGAUCCAGAAGAAUGUGCAGGAGGCCAUAGGCGGUCAGUACAGCCUCUUCUGCCUGGGCUUUGGCUUCGACGUCAGCUACGCCUUCCUGGAGAAGCUGGCGCUGGACAACGGUGGCCUGGCUCGGCGCAUCUACGAGGACUCGGACUCCGCCCUGCAGCUGCAGGACUUCUACCAGGAGGUGGCGAACCCUCUGCUGACCACAGUGACCUUCGAGUACCCAGGCAAUGCCGUGGAGGAGGUCACGCAGGACAACUUCCCGCUGUUCUUCAAGGGCUCCGAGAUGGUAGUGGCCGGGAAGCUCCGGGCCCAGAUCCCUGAUGUGCUCUCAGCCACAGUCAGCGGGCAGCUGCCCACGGAGAACAUCACCUUCCAAAUGGAGUCCCAGGUGGCAAAGCAGGAAGAGGAGUUUCAAAAGCCCAAGUACAUCUUCCACGGCUUCAUGGAGAGACUCUGGGCGUACCUGACCAUCCACCAACUGCUGGAGCAAAUGGUUUCCGCAUAUGCUGCUGAUAAGCAGGCCCUGGAGACCCAAGCUCUGGGCUUGUCGCUCAACUAUAGCUUUGUCACCCCCCUCACGUCCAUGGUGACCAAACCUGCUGAAGGCCAAGAACAGUCUCAAGUUGCUGAGAAGCCCGUGGAAAAUGAAAAGGAUCCCUCAGGUCUCGAUGUCUUCAGAUAUGGAGCCAUGGGACACCCACUGCCCAAAGGAGCAGUUGGAUUUGCCUCGUACGCUGGAGUUUAUGACGUGCCCAACAGGAGAUCUGGACCACCUGGACUUUCUGCUCCUUCUCAUUAUCAUUAUAAAUUCUUGGAUUUGGGUCUGGAUCGCCACAGGCUACCGAGCGGGAUAGGUGAGCCACUUUCUGACCUCGGAGGCC